AAAAAUAAGAUUAAGAAAGAAUUUGUUUUGAAACUGCUUUGAAAGAUCUCGCAACGUGGCUUAAUGGCAUGCCAUGGAUAUAUUUGAAUAGCUUUUAUAAGUGUAAGUGUAUGUGUACUUCCAACCAGUGUCAGAGCUAUUUCUUAUUAAAACAAAAAUACCAAAAAGUUGCUCAAAAUUAUUCAAUUAAAAGUAGUGAGAGUUUUGAGAAAACCUUACGCGGUUUUUCAAAGUGCAAAUCCUAAGCCUACCAGUCUUUAUUGGGAUAUUUACUCAAGUAAAUCAGAGAAUCGGCGCCCUUGAAUUUGAAUCCAGCAACUACAGUACAAUGAAAAUGCAAUUUCAACGCAAAAGUGUCAGUGAAAUAUUGUAUCUGUCCCAUAGCUAAUAUAUUAAUGAGCGAUAUUUAUCUAAAAUUGGUGAGCCAAACGAAAAAAAAAGAAAAGCCACAAAGCAGAACAAAGGGAAAUCACAAAUUCGUUCAGCCAAUGUGUCCCUAAAGAGGGAAGGAUGCAGCGAUUGUGUUGAAGACGUUAAUAAGUAUGUCAAUCAUGACCGCAACAAUACCGAAAUGCUUGCGUCACAACAACAAUAAAAACUUGAUAAAUGCCUAUGGCAAUAUUAACUACAACACUGGGCCUAUUUGCGCCAACAGUAGCCAAGUGAGUGCCAAAAGCAACAAAAAUUGCCGCAACGGCGCCGCGGGCAAGUUCCACAUCAACAGGAGUAACAGCCUUUUGACUGAUAAAAGAAGCGUUGCGAGCUCGAAUGGACUACUCCUUCUGGCGUACCUUUUGUCCGCCGCUGUCGUCCUCGAAGCAGAUUCCAUCGCAGCGGAUUUAGAAUACCAAACGAUAGCACCUAAAGGAUCAUCAAAUAUAACCGCAAAUGCGGAAUUCAUUGCAAAAUCUUUUGAAGAACAACUUACAAUAACAACAACAGAUUAUGCAACAUCAGUUCCAUAUACAGCUUUGACGCCCCCAACGUUACCAAGUCCACAUUCCGUAACUUCAGCAACAACACCGUCUACAGUUUCUUUGUCGUCGCCAAAAGUUCCCGCGUCCGCGCCAUUGGAAGCAAACACAAUAGAGUCUGCUACAGUAGAACCAGCUAAAGAGGAUAGUCAUGAAAUUGCCUCGCCUGAUAUACAACCUCCCCCGCCUUCCGAUGUACUUAUUAAGGGAUUUUCAAUACCAACAUUUUUACCGCCAUUUCCGAAAUUUGCCAUGGCGGACUUACCGGCAUUUACAUCGCCCCCAACGAUUCCGAAGGAGAGCGAGGACGAACUGUAUUCAGCGGCUUAUCUGAACAACAUACAACAGCCAAACACUUCAGUGCGAACGACGAAUAUUACAAUGCAAAUGGGAAAUCACGCCUAUCUGCCGUGUAAAAUUCAACGUAUGCUGAACAAACCGAUUUCCUGGGUGCGCCUUCGCGAUGGGCAUAUAUUAUCUGUUGACCAAGCAACUUUCAUUGCUGACCAACGCUUUCAGUCAAUAUUUCAAGGCGAUAACGAUUACACCUGGUCGAUGCAAAUUAAAUACGUGCAGAAGACCGAUGAGGGAUGGUACGAAUGCCAAGCUGCUACAGAGCCGAAGAUGAGCGCGAAAGUUUACUUGACAGUUGUUGUACCACACACGGAGCUCAUCGGCGAUCAGAUCCGCUUCGUAAAAGCCGGCAGCAAAGUAGCACUGCAUUGCAUUAUUCGUGAUACACUCGAUCCGCCUACCUAUAUAAUCUGGUUCCGGGGUAAAGCACAAAUCACGAAUGACAAUCAAAUGGGCUGGUAUACCGAAAUCGAUCGUGCCAUCUUCGGCAAUGUGGAGAGUAAACGUAACACAAUUGGCUCGUUAAUAAUACCGUUCGUACGGAAAAACGACUCGGGCAAUUAUACAUGUGAGCCGUCGAACAGUGCGCCGGUUUCUGUGGAUCUACACGUGCUGAGCGGUGAGUACUCUGCAUCGGCAAUAAUGUCGGCGGCAGAUUCCUACCAGCUCAUCCAAUCAAUUUCCAUUUGCAAUCUCUUUAUCGUAUUGCCUCUGAUAUUGGUUUUGCAGAAGGCGUGACUAUAAUUUUUCUUGGGAAAAUUUUAAAAUGAGAAAUUUGACUUCA